UGUGUGGGUGUGAACGUGUGUGUGUGUGUGUGUGUUGGAGGUGCCUCUAACAAGCUGUGACCCGCUUACAUUCUAUUCAUUUCUAAAAAGGGCCUCAAAUUUCUGAAGUGUUGCUACUUGAAGGAGAAGCCCUGAAGAUGAGAGAGGCCACGUUCCAGUUCUAGUGAGACUGUAAGACAAGAGGGGGAACUACACGACUAGCGUAGUGUGAAGUCAUGGGAUACAUGGAGGGCAUGUUCUAUCUAUCUAUCUAUCUAUCUAUCUAUCUAUCUAUCUAUCUAUCUAUCUAUCUAUCUAUCUAUCUAUCUAUCUAUCUAUCUAUCUAUCUAUCUAUCUAUCUAUCUAUCUAUCUAUCUAUCUAUCUAUCUCUAUCGACAUAAAUAGUUCUAUCAAAUACACAACUAAAACAAGUUUAAAUUUAAUUUUGCUUUGGGGAACAUCGCACCAUUGUUUUGAUGUGUUCAAUCUUUCAAUGGGCCUCAUUCAGCGAAACGUACGGUCACGUGACAACCAUCAACGAUUGUGUAUAGAAUAGUAUAGAUUAGUACUGGAAAGAUGGGGAAGCAUUGCGUUGCAUUUGACUGUAAUAAUUAUGAACAUAAAAAAGAAUGUAGAGAAAAAAAAAUAAGUUUUCAUCGUUUUCCUGUGAACAAUCCAAAGCUAUGUAAAGAAUGGGUUGUCAAACUGAAACGAAAAAACUUCACUGCAAGUGCACACUCUGUAAUAUGUUUAGAGCAUUUUGAGGAGGACUGUUUUAUUUACCAGCCUUUUUCAAAUCGCAGACUUCUAAAGCCUGGUGCUGUGCCGACCAAGUUUUCUUUUUCCAAAAGUACACCAAGCCGAAAAAAGACUAAAUAUGAAUUUAGACAACCUCUUUUACCCCAGGACACUACCAUUGAGGAGAAGACUAGAGAUGUCACUGUGCAAACUGAUAAAGACUUUAUUACAGAUCUUCUAAAGAGGGUAAAUACUUUGGAAGCAGGCAAUGCCUUCUGGAAGAAGUUGCUCAGUUGAAAUAUUGGCUGUGGGAAUCCCAUGAUGCUCUAUUACAUAUCAUUGAUGAGAUUCACUAUGUUAUUUGCUUUCUGGUUAACUUCCUAGACCCUUUCAUAAAUAUAGCUUAAUCAAAUCUUCUUCUAGCCAGUUUUAUUGCUGCAGUGUCCAAGAAUUGAAAAUAUUGUUACUUUGCCUUAUAAAUAUAAUGUUUACACAUGACUUGAUUUUGCAUUUUUUAUGACUUAUGAAUUUUAGCAACAUUUAAAUUUAAAAUUGGUGUGUAUAUAAUUUAUUAAUAUUUAUUAAUAUAAACUUUUUUAUUAUGUACUUCUACAGAUCAGUGCCCAAAAAUAUUAAAUAUUACUUCCUUAUUUAUAUAGUUUUCCCCUUACAAUGUUGUUACUUUGGUUUAUUAUGACUUAUCAAUUUUUCUCUGGCAACUUGAAAUAAUUGGUGUGCAUAUUUUAUUAAUAUAAGCUUGUUUAUUUCAUGUUUAAAAUUUGUAUAUAUGUAUAUAUUUUUAGUAAUAAUAUCAGCUUCCUUGUGUACAAUAUACUUUUCACAUCAUUCAAUAAAAUAAUACACUUAUAAAGAAACAAAGACUUU